UUGGUUGAUAAAAAUAACUUAAUACAUCUACGAUAAUAUUAGUAAAUUGCAUUUCAUAAUUUAGUAUCGAUAAAGUGAUAAAAAUUUAAGUGUCAAAUCACGUUUCCUUUUUGGAUAUUUUAAUUUAUGAUUAAUAUGGUUGAUUAGUGUAACUAUGAAUGGGUCUCUCAGUUGAGUUUGCGAACCAAAGAAACGGAUUAUAAAAUGAAGAGAGCGGGAAGAGUUAAAUGUUUUUUUUUUAAAUAGAAUUCGCAAUGCGCUCUACUACCUAAACCAAAAAGUUGUUAAAGCAGUGAAGAAAUCGAGUUGUUUAGACACAGAUUUAAUGGAAAAAUAAGCAGGGGAUAAUUUUUUCGUUAAGGUCUCUUCAUGUAUAGACCAUUUAAGGGCACCGUCAAUAUUUAGACCAAGGAACUUGAUCGAAUUUGAAAAUCGUAUAAAGUGAUUGUUGAGCUUUAGAGGUUGUAAAACUCCUUUGUAAGAUAAAAACUAAAGUUUUCUCAGUGUUUAAACAGAUUUUUGUCUAUGGUAUAUUAUAAAGCUUGUAUAUCUGGACCACUCCAGUUUAUACAGGUGUCAUCCGCAAAUAAAGUGAAUUUACAAUUAAUUCGUAAGUUUGUGAGGUCAUUAAUGAAUACCAAAAAAGAAUUGGACUCAGAACUGAACCCUGAGGUACACCACUGCCAUCUGGUAAAUUAUUCGAAACUUUACCAUUUUGUAUAGGUCUUUUCUUUUCUGUUCUAGUGUAAAAAAUUUCUGAACUUGCAUUUUCGAAUUUGUGAAUUAUUAUGUUCUCAAAACGUUCAAUUAUCAAUAUUGUAGAACAUCACCAUUAGGUUAGCUAGAUCGGACGAAAAAGAAGCGGUAAGACAUUUUUUGCGUAAAUUUUUCUACAGAGAUGAACCUUGCAAUAAAUAUAUGAAAUUGAUAACAGAAGAGACUCCCAUAUGUGAGGAUUUGGAAAAAUAUACGUUGAAAAACUUCGACAGUGGAUUAAAUUUAAUUGCCGAACAUAAAAAUCGAAUUGUGGGAGUGUGUAUAAACAGUAUCAUUGAAAGAGAUAAACCAAAUGAAAAUAUUUUUAUUACCGAUAAGAAAUUUGUGAUAACAGCGAGUUUGUUGGGGUACGUAGAAGAGCAAGCUGCUCUUUUUCAAAAAUAUCCCGAGGUCAGCAAGAUCUUCGAUAUUAACAUAUUAUCUGUUGAUACAAGUUACAGAGGAAAAGGAAUAGGGAACGCGUUUUGCCAAAAAUCAAAAGAUAUUGCCAAAGAACAAGGUGCGCAACUGAUGUCUAUUACAUGUACUAGUUCCUUUUCUGCGUCUAUCGCUAAAAAAAAUGGAUUCGAGGUGGUAUAUGAAUUGGAUUAUGCAGAUUACAAAAUUAACGGUGAAGUGGUUCUUAAACCAGAGCAUCCACACAAAUCUAUAAAAAUGCUUGUAUAUAGUGAACUUUGAUGUACACAAUUUUUGAACGUCUCAUGAUGAAAUAUUUACUUAAGAUCAAAAUUUUUAAUGUUUACUCCAAUUUUUUUAAGAUAUAACGAUAUCUUUUUGUAGUGAUAAAUAAAGAAUUGUAACAA